AUGGCGCCGCAGGCCGAGGGGCGCCGUGCGAUGGCGCUGGAAGAUGCCAAUGAUUCCAUAACGCCCAUGCUUGCCACGUUGCACGCAAGUUUAAUGCUCUUGCAGACGCCACACCCCGAAGAUGGCAAGCGUGUUGGAAGCACCAUGGCGCGUGGAAUGGAUGAAAUGCGCGCGUGGGUUCGCGAUGCCAAACAGCGCUUCGCGGUAGCCAGCGAUGCCAAGAGGCUCGUAUUUUGUAGUGAUGGCGUAUGGGAGAUUGCGUGCGCGCGCCUGUAUGCAGCGAUGGAUGUGUCGCACACGUCGACCGUCAAUCGCGCACGCGCGAUUUUGGAGGAGCUACUGCACGUAUGGGAAUGCGCGCGCGGCAAUACAUCGCCGCCUUCCUUCCCAGCGCUAUGUAUGCAAACGGCUGCGGCGCAUCGUGGCUCACAGGCAAGUCUCGCGACGAUGGAUGCGCUUGUACGCACAUCUGGGCUCGCGAUUCUCACGCCUGUGUAUGGCGACGUGCCGGUGCGUGCCCUACUCGGUGAGAUUAUCGAGGCGAUGCAGGCUGGGUUGGGAAAUAUAAGCCGGCGAUCCAAGCUGGCCAUGGCCCUGCUUGGCGCAUGCACUGCUCUUGACACCGACGUAUGGCUCGCUACAUUGGCCGAAGCGCUCGCGUCGCCAGUGCCGCGCACGACGGAAAAUGUUGUGGCACACUUGCUGCACCCAGUUCUGGACGUGAUGCCCGACGCACUCACCCCGCUGCUCACACUGCUCGGUGCCGGUACAUCUACUUCGCACGUACGCGCGCUGCUCGCCGUCUUACGCGCUGCAAAAAUGCGCGAUUUGUGCACGCUUGUGGACGACGAUGCAUACAGCCCCGCGGUAGUGCCUGUGCGCGUACCUUGCUCUGUCGUGCGCACAUGCAUUGCAUGCUCUGAGCCGCGCAUACAGAUUGCCGCGCUUGCGCUGGUGGUUGAUGCCAAGACACCUGCUGCCUUGUUCUGCGACGCAGAGCUGCAAGUGCUGGGGCAUUUUUUUGAAGAAAGCCUCGUGCUUCCGAGUGCAGUGGCACGGCAGGAUAGCAUUGCUUUGUUUGUCAAGCUGUUGGUGCGCAUACGUGUUGGAAUGCACAUGGUCUCGAAACACGACGGCGGUGAGCAUGCAAGUAUGCAGCACCUCUUCACCACGCUCUUUCACAGCGUCGUGCAAGCGACGCAUCCUCAUGCACCGUAUCCAUGCGCCAUGCUUGGUGUUUCGCUGCUUGCCCUGCUCAUGGAGGCACUGUUGCCUUUGGGCGCGGUUGGCAAUGCGUACGCACGUAGCAGCUUGCAGGACGCGGUACGUGCGCUGGAAAAAGCAAAAAAGACAUUUCCCAGUGGCGCUGCUGUGAGCAGCAUUGUCCCGUCACACGCAUUGGUACGCAGACUGCUUGACCUCGCGACGAAAAGUACGUACGACAAUAUCCAGGAUACCGCCGCAUUGCUGCUGCUUCGACUUCGUCCCCUGCCAGCCACAGGGCUGCAAAGCGCGGCGUUUGUCGAAAAGCAUAUUCUACAACCCUCCGUUGCAUCGAUGCCCGCGGCCAAAGACGCAGAGGCGCACGCAUCCGUGCAACUCUUGCGGCUUUAUCACGCCUUGGGUACUAACGCACCGAUCCAAGAUGCUGCGCUGCGCACGCUUCGCGCUGCGAUCGUAUCACUCAAAGUGGACGCUGCGCCAUUUUCCUGCAAUUGGACGCGAGCGCUGGUGCAGGCACAUGCGGCGCUCCUGCAGGGACGCCUGCAGUUUGCGCGGCGCAACGGUCUGGAUCGUGCUUCGGCGUGCGAGUCGCUGCACGGCACAUUGGCUGCUUUGCACACCUUGGUGUCGCUGUGCAGCCCCGAAGAGGCUGCGCCGUUCUGCGAAGAGGUGCAGGAUCUGGUCGGCCAGGUAUGGGCGCUGACGAAACCAAUCCUCAGCGCGGCAGCACCCGAAGGAGCCCAAGGCGACCUACUGGCCUGCGACUCGGGCCUUGAGCCUGCACCCGAGCUGUCGCAGGCGAUGCAAUAUGCGCCUACAAACACGCUUCCUGAAUCCUCCACGCCAGCGUACCAGCGCAUACUGUCGUACGCAUGGCGUGCGAUGAAAGAAUCCUCUGCACUUUACGCUGCCACACUCGCCAAAAGCGCGGAGGGCGCAUACGCAACACCUGCCGCGCUACACCAUGCCAACGAAAUGUUUCUCGAAUGGCUCUUGCACAUUCGCCAUCGCGGCGCAUUCAGUACCAUAUACCCGCGCUACGAAGAGACCGCCUCGGCACUCUUGCACACCAAAGAGUACGCUACAUUUCCUGCUGCAUGGCUUGCACAGCUCCUCACACGACUCGAUGCACAUGUCGACGCAUUCAGCACGACGCGGCGAAGCGCCGGCAUUGGAUUUGCCGUGCUUGCGCUGCUGUGCACCGAUCGAACAUCGCUGGAGCCCACAAUGCACACGUUGCUGCACAUGACGACCUCUGCAGAGCCCGUACGAAAAGUGCAUGGCCUAAAUAUUGUGCGUGUGCUAAUCAUGGACAGUACCUUGGCCAAAUCGAUGCGCCCUCAUUUGGGCUCUGCCUUGGCGCGCGCCGUGCACUGUUUUAGCUCGCAGGACUGGCGCGUACGGAAUGCAUCGAUGAUGCUCUUUGCUGCCAUCAGUACGCGCUACUUUGGCAUCAAGGCGUAUGGCGACGCUGGCAAUGCGCACUAUUUGAAUCCGCUGCUCAGCGACGACUUGCGCGACGCAAUGAGCUCUGUGCUUUCCAGCGCCUCUUGCCACGUCGCAGCGAAUGACCUGGCGCAGGUAGGCCAUGGCUCAGCGCUUUAUGCAGUGCUCCUCCUCUUGUCAAAGUUGGAGCCGCGCGUCUCGCAUCCGUUUCCGGUGGCAGACACGCUACUUGCACUGGAACGGUGCGCCCACAGCGCCAACUGGAAAUUGCGCGAGCAGGCCGCGGCGUCGUUUGCCAUGGUACUUGAUCCUGCGCAGCGCGAUGCCACCGUCGCACGACUGCUUGCGCAGUGCAGCACUGGGAACCAAAAUGCACUGCAUGGAACACUGCUGCUGCUAAAGGCCAUCAAAGCGCAUGGAAUUGAAGCGCACGUCGAUCGUUUGCUCGCACCGAAUGCGUGCCCUGCCACCUUGGCUGCGUUCCUCGCACUCGCUCCACUGUCCAGUGUCGUCCCUUGGCUACGUGCAUUGUUCGAUGCACUGCUGGCCAACGGCAACGCAACAGCGGCGCUCAAGAGCUUGCUCCAAGACCCAUUUGUCGUCUGGCUUUAUCCCAUAGCACUCCACAAAGCCAUGGACGCGGGGGUUGCUUUGCCGUUGCAUGCAUUGCUGCAUGUGCAUGACGACCUUUGCGCAGCACUCCUCCAUGUUCUGCACGAGCGCGAAACGAGGCCGUGGAGUGUGGCGGAGAUGUACACUGCGGCACUCGGUUUUGCCGUCGCGCCCCGCUCGCUGGACGUGCGCAUUCGUGCGGCGCAGUUUGCACAUGCGCUAGACUACCAUGGUACGAUGCAGAAAGAGCAGGCACAGCGCCUGUUGGUGGAGAUCCUCGCUACCGAGAGCAGCGCAUUGUACGAAGCGCUGCUUCCGCUCUUGGGGCAUGCCGCACGCGAUGCUGCGCCAGACGUUUUUCGUACAUGCGCAUGGAUUUGGGCGCGCGCCGCUGAGGACGGAUGCUCGCUGCAGUCGCGCCUCGGCACGGCAUCUUCUUUGGAUUGCGUACGCACGCGCAUCUUUGCCUCGGAUGGAGAUGCACAUGCCACCUUUACCGCACGCCGCGUCUUACUGAAGCUUUUGAACGACGACGAUGCAGACGUGCGUGCAAUGGCAUGUGCGACGAUCAGUGCCCAGGUGGGCGUUCCUCGCUCAGUAUAUCCCGCCGUAGAAGCGCUGCGCUUGGGCAAUGUUGCAUGCACCGAAUUCAUGUGGGAUGCACUGGAUUCUGUCGCGCACAGCGCAUGGUCUACGCUUGUGUGGGAGAUACUGACUUCGGAGAUGCAUCCCGAGCAGACGCAGCGUGCCACAAACACUCUCUUUCCUUCCGAAGAAGAGAACCAGUUCUAUGAUCGCGUACCGGAUAUUUUGCGCGCAUACCGCUGGCUGGCAUCGCGCCGCAUCGCGCCGCCGCAGCACGUUGACCUGCGUGCGCUAGCAAAUUCGCUGCUCGUAGAGAUCGAGGCACGGGCUGAGCGCCUAUGCGACCUUGCAUUUAUUCCAUCGCUGGAGCAGGUGCUGGUCGUGCAGCUUGCGACUGUGCUUGGCGUGCUUCCGGCACAGCCAAUUAUUCGCACGGCGCUGCACAAUUUGCUUGUCCAUGUCUCACAGGAACAGCGCACAGCGCUUCGAAUUGCGCUCAUUUCCGAUUUCUUCUUUCCCAAUGUCGGCGGCGUGGAAGGACAUAUGUACACGGUUGCACAGCAUCUCUUGCAGCGUGGACACAAGGUGAUUGUCAUUACGCAUGCAUAUGCACCGCACCGCAGGGGCGUACGCUACCUUUCGGGAGGGUUGAAGGUGUAUUAUAUCCCUCUGCCCAUCAUUGAAAGACAGGAUGUGUUUCCUUCUUUGUUUAACCACAUGCCGAUUAUGCGCGCCAUUCUCCUCCGCGAAGAUAUCCAGCUUGUGCAUGGGCACCAGACAGUCUCGAGCUUGGCUCUCGAGUCUGUAUUCCACGCCAAGGCAAUGGGGCUCAAGACGGUCUUUACGGACCACUCUUUGUAUGGGUUCGCCGAGGUGUCGAGCAUCUUGACCAACAAGCUACUGCGCUUUGUCUUUACAGACAUUGAUCAUGUGGUGUGCGUAAGCCAUACAGGCAGGGAGAAUACAGUGCUGCGCUCGUCGCUGCCGCCGGAAAAGGUGUCGACAAUUCCCAAUGCCAUCGAUGCGCGGCGAUUCGUGCCGGAUCCCAGCUUGGCGAGCAACGACAGGAUAUGCAUUGUGGUGCUUAGCAGGCUCGUGUACCGCAAGGGGAUCGAUUUGCUCUUGUUCGCCAUUCCGCGGCUCUGUGCCAUGCACCCGGAUGUAGACUUUCUCAUUGGGGGGGAUGGGCCCAAAUAUGUCGAGCUCGAGCAGAUGCGUGAAAAGUACAUGCUUCAGGAUAGGGUUGUCCUGGUAGGUGCCGUGCCGCAGCGCGAAGUGCAGCGGCACCUGUGCCGCGGCCAUAUAUUUCUAAAUACGUCGCUCACCGAGGCAUUUGGCACGUCCAUUAUUGAGGCGACGUGUGUAGGACUCUAUGUCGUGACAACUAGAGUCGGUGGAAUUCCCGAGUUGCUGCCGCCUGCGAUGCUGCGUCUUGCUGACCCAACCGUCGAUGCAAUUGUGCGCGAGACUGUGCAUGCCAUCGCGCAUGUGCGCAACAAAAGACACGAUCCCGCCGCACAGCACCAGGCUGUCUCGCGCAUGUACUCGUGGUCGGAAACGGUGCGUCGCUUGGAGAUUGCGUACGGGAUUGCGAUGGCUGCGCCGCCACGUACGGCCACAGAGCGCUUCCAAGCGCAUGUGCAAGUGGGCGGGCCAAUUGCAGGCAAGAUUCUUGUGCUCGUCAUCGCUGCACAAAUGGUGCUGCUUGCAAUCUUGGAAUGGUGCAAGCCUGCAGCGCGUAUUCACAAGGUGUCGAGUGUGCAUGGAAAAGGGCUGGAGGCGAGAUAG